AUGAGUCUGCCAACACAACAGUUAUCGCAAGCUUCAAAAAGUAAACGACAUGAAAAUUUUUGUCUAUGCUUUUGUGCGCAAGUAGAAAAGAAUUCGAAAAGUGGACAUGUCAACUCUUCUUAUGCUGAGCAAGCUUGCAAAUUAUUUUCUCAACUUGGAGAUGAUACACGAUGGGAGAAUCUUUGCUACUUUUUGCUGAAUAAAAGUCAUCUGGACGGAGCUGAGUUGUUUAGCCGUUUUGCUACUAAUUGGUUCUUAGCACUUGCGGAUAUCACCGUUGAGCAUAAAGUCUUGUAUGUGAUGCGUAUGUUGCGUUUUAUUAUGGAUAUAUUCCACAAAGAAACUUUGAAUGCAGAAUCUCUGUUCACUUUGCAUGCAACAUUCGCGGCUCAGGUUAAAAAGCUAGAGGCAGACGAAUUGAAGUCUCUGUGCAUUUAUGUUAUGGAACGAUUUCUCGAGGCAUCGCCUAUACCAGAAAAGUGGAUUGGAUUGGGAUAUAUCAUUCUUAAGCAAGUAGCUGAGGUAGAUUCUGAAUGCUUUGUGGUGAAAGAUAAAAAGUAUUCAGGUAGCGCAUUUCGCCGACAGUUCAUUUUACAGUGUUUCAAUGACUCCAUGGCUUCAGACUCUAUUGCCGCUGUUGCAUCUUUGGCUAAAGAAUGUAACAUGCAGGACGUUUUGGCUGAAUUCGUUACUAGUUGUUUAGCAAAAUCUCCAGAUCGCUUGCUUUGCGGAAAGUUAGUUGUGCUUGUAAAUGAUGUUCCAAUGGGUCUUAUGGAGGAGGUCUGUGAUUUUCUCUUGCGUGAAGUAAAUUUCUCUUUGUCGGAUUUGCUCCCUCUGUGUGUUCUUCUACAUUCGUCGUUGUCGUCCAGCGCUGUAGUGUCUCGUUGUAUAUUCAAUGCUGCAAAGCGUGAGAAACAUUUGAUAAGUUCUCGAAUGUUUCCGCUCCUGUGUCUUCUUUGCUUGAGUAAUACACGACGGAUGCACACUCAAGCAUUGACAGAAAUAAAGCAGGUCAUAGUGAAACUAUGGAAGCAUAACAGCAAACUGAGCGAGAGUGAGUGGAUUCGAGAUGCAGUAGGAGAGUGUGAUUUAGCUGUAAUGAAGGAAAAUUUGGAAAAAAUUGUUGAUGCAGUUACAAGGAAUCAAGGUUGGACUGUAGUAAUCGGUAACGCACUUCUCGAUCUUGCAUUUUCGUUGCUUUUGGAAAAGAAUGUUACAGUGGCUAAAAUCACCGAUGGAAGAGUAGAUGAACAAUCUGAAGUUUUCUCGUUGAGUAAACGUCUUCUCCUUGCUAUUGCUGACUCCAAUCCCACUAAUGUUGGAGCUUUACUAGACAGAAUAUUUUUGUCGUUAUCAACUUCUACAAAUAAAGCGUCCUCUCUCUGCCUGAUUGCUAUUCAGGGCAUGGGUAUUUCACUUGUCCGUGCUUUACUACCAAUAAUCGUGCAAAGAUCGGAAUUAGUUGAAGCUAUUGUAAUCCACAUGAAGCAGUACGUUCUCUGUGAAACUACAGUUUUCACGGCGCUACCAAUCUUGUUGUUACUUUUAAGGUCUUCCACAGCACGUGCAGCUGUGAGAGACGAUCAGUUCAGUCAGUCGUUUGCGACAUUUUCUACCCAGACAUUGAAUGCCAUGGGAGUUCCGCUGUCUGGUAGGACGGAGGUAGCUCUAGAAAUAACAUCGGUUUUAAGUCGCAGUUUGUCUCAAGCAGCUGAAACGAGGGCGCUACUUUACAAGGGGCUAGUUGAAGGAUGCUAUGCGAAUGAAAAUUUACUAGAUCCAUCAUUGGAACUUCUUUCUUCUCAUUUGGCUUCGUUACCUCCAAUUUCUCGAGACGCGUAUGUGGAGAGCACAAAGACGUCAACUGUGAUUCUGGAACCGUUGCCUCAGCUUGUACAGAUAACUAGCAAACGUGACUUACAAAUUAGUCGUGCAGUGAAAGAUUUGGAAAAAGUUGUAGACUUCGCCUUGGACAGGGAUAUUCACGAUCUAGAAAUCGACAAGCUUUCUGACUUCUCCCCUUCUGCCACGGGCCGCGCAAAUUGCCUAUUUUCAACUAUGAUGAUCGCUUUAUAUGAUGUUCUUGUUGAACAUCUUUGGCAUAUUGGGAAUAUAGUAAAAGAGAUUGUGGGUGUCGAAAAGGCUACCGGUCUUUUGCGAAAGAAGGAAGAAUUGAAUGACGUCCUGAAAGAGAAAUUGGCAAAGAAGAAAGAAGGGAAAUCAGCUAAAUUGUCUGCAGGAAACCCUGUUUUACUACAAGCCGGAACUGUAUCUUCAAUGCUCUCUGCUUUCACUGAGAAAAGGCAUGAUGAUGAUUUUGAAUACGAUGAAAGAUGUGUAAAACUUUUACGUUCUGAGACUUUUAAUUGGCUUAUGGAACAUUCUGAACGAGUUGCAUCUAAUCUACAGAGUUUUACACCACAACCUUCACUACUCUCAUUGACUGCCUUCGCUAGGUUGAAUAUGCUUCUUGGAACUCUUAACGAAAAAGUUGUUGAGGUAUCAGAUAUAUCUUUAUGGGACGGCAAAUGCACGCAAGCUCUUAAUGCUUUUUCCUUGACUGUUUCAUACAUUGUUUCGAAAUAUGGCAAACGAGCAGAACUCUGCGUUAAACAACUAUGGACAAGUAUUUGCACUGAAGACGUUCAUAAGAACCUUAAUGGUCCUGCGGCUGCAACUUUAUUGAUUAAGUUCCUGUUUGUUACCCAUGUUGCUAAAAUUCUACAAUCUUACGAGGAUUAUAACGAGAGGAAAUUAAAUGCUGAAUUCACUCGUCAAGCGGUUUCGUCAUUACAAACUGCAAUUUCGGCUGGCGAAUUAAGCUUCAAAAAAGUUUCUAUGGCACAUAUGCUUGCUAGUCUAGAGUAUUUCGGUAUAAUGGCUAUUUACACUGAUUUCUUCAUCUCACUCAAAGAAGAGAGAUGUGAAUGUCCUGCCGGCUUAAGAUUUAUUCUCCAGGAGAAUUCUGUAGUGGCGACAUUUGAUCCCUGCAGCUUUGGGCGAUUCAUGAUCGAGGGGAAUGUUGGGUUGGAGUCGAUCUGUGACGGUUGCAUCGAGUUGAGCGCAGAAAUGGUAAUUGAUGCAUGUAUCGCUUCAUUUGCAGAUGUUCGGCACGUUCCAGAAGUAAUUUCACAUGCUGCAGCUAGUGCCACGUUAGACCAGAGCGUCGUAAAGACGUUAGAUUUGUGCAGACGGUUGGUCGAAGUUGUAAAAAUUCUUCUACCUAUUCAUGUAGAAUAUGCUCUGUUGAAGGAUCGAAUCUGUGCUCUGCUUACUGCACUGUACAGCACCUUGAAUUGCAUUGUGAAGUUGCUGCUUUCGGAACAAAAAACUGCAUCUAUUGGCGGAUGGAAGUCUGUGACUGACCUUGCACAGCUAGCGGGAGGUUCAGUACUGAAAAUUAUGGAGGCUGCAGAUGAGAACGUUGGCACUUUAACUCCUUUCGAGGAAUCAAACAUGAAACAGGCAAAGAAAUAUGCGAAGUCGUUAAAAGAAGAGACUCUUUACGUCAGUUACGUUCGUGCCCGAGAACAGUACCAGGCAAACUUGCUGCUUCUUUGCACACUGCUGAAAGACGAUAGACUGGACAUUCAAGUUAAAAAGAAUUCCAUUGGUGUGCGUGACUUUCGAAUAGAUGCCGAAAAGUUAAAACAACGAAUGGCCAAAUUAGAUGGGAAUGAAGAAAACGAAGACCCUGAAGAAGCAACGCAACCUCUAAGAAAACGGAACAGAGCGACGGCUAACAGUUAA